AUGUCGACACAAAACUACUACAAGGAAAAAUUAGGCUUCGAUCCGAAGGAAGGUUCUUACUACGAUGCUCCUCCGGAAAAGUACAGAAAGACAGACGAGAAGCCGCAUGGAUACGAGGAGAACUUGACCAAGUUCAAAGGUACUAUUUGGGAUCUUUUUGUUGAAUCCUUGGAAGGUACGGUGGUGGUUAUAGAUUUGUUGUUUGGCCUGCUGUUGUAG